CGGAGGUAAUGGGCCUCAUCACGCCACUCAUUAAUUUCCACGCAGAACGCGGUCGCUUUCAUGCAACCUUGCGGAGCAUUCCACAUCAAAGAUCCAAAUCGAGCUUGUCUUGCUCAGGUGCUGCACAUCCCUCCCCACCCUCGAUCAACAACAACGCAAACAAACGUCGACCACAUAGGCUGUGACAGGCCUCAAAAGACCAUCAAUUGAGGCACGUUGGUGCUGAAAUGGAUAAUGAGCGGCACGCACCCGCCGUGGCGAUCGCCGAUCCCCGACUAGCCGCGGGCCGCCCCUAGCUAGACCCCGAUCCCCUAACCCACCCUCACUUGGUCGAUUAGUGACCUGCCAGAUCUCAGGAAGCCGUACAGACCUGUACCCAGCCUACCUCACGAUUCUGGAGUCUGGACUAGAUCCCUCAAUCGAAGGUCCUUUGGUAUUUCAGAUCCAAAUCUAGAUCCAGAUCCAGCUUGACGGGCUUACUGACGAUGGUUGGAACCACUACCGUCGACGUGCUCAUCAUUGGAGCCGGGCCGGCUGGGCUGGCAUUGGCGAAUUGGUUCCGCAACUCCGAGAUCCGCGUGCUCCUCGUCGACAAGAAGCCCGGUCCUACGCCUCGCGGCCAAGCCGAGGGCCUUAAGAGCACCACAAACGAAAUUCUUGACUCUUUUGGCAUUGGACAGCAGAUUGCGGCAGAGUCAUGGAGGCUCGAAGAGAUUGCUAUUUGGGGGCCGCGCGAGGAUGGCCGCAGCGGCAUCGUGAGAGAGCAAGUCAUCCAGGACAAGGUCGAGGAGCUGGGCACCGUUAGGGAGACGAUGCUUCAGCAGUCCAGGGUAGAGCACCACAUGCUUCAAAAUCUCCUGUUCCAUAGCAACAUCUCGAUCCGAUACAGCACGUGCCCAGUCACCGUCGAGAUCGACGCCUCUUGCUCCCAUCAAGGCAACGGUUACCCAGUAAAAACUGGCCUGACUCGUGAGAAACAAUGCGACAACAACUCGAAUGGGUCACCAACGACCAACGGGGUUAACGGACAUAAUCUCGUUGACGAGCACAUCCACGCCAAGUACAUCGUCGGCUGUGACGGUGCCCAUAGUUGGCUGAGGAAGCAACUCGGUGUCGUCCUUGAGGGCGACUUGACGGACUCGGUCUUUGGCGUGGUCGACUUCGUCCCCAAAACCAACUUUCCCGACAUCCGGCGUGUGUGCUACGUCCGCUCCGCAACGGGCACUAUCCUCAUCGUCCCCCGCAGCAACAAGGAGGUCCGCUUCUACAUCCCCGUCGGCAGCGGCAGCAACAGCGCCCUGCCUGACCCAAAGGACUGGACCCUGGACCGCAUCCUGGCCGCCGCCCGCCACAUUAUCUCCCCUUACACGCUGGAAGCAGGCGCCGUCUCAUGGUGGUCCGCCUACCGCGUGGGUCAGCGCGUCGGCAGCCACUUCUCGCGAUACCACGAGCGCGCCUUCCUCGUUGGCGACGCCGUGCACACCCACUCGCCCAAGGCCGGGCAGGGCAUGAACACGUCCAUCCAGGACGCGUAUAACCUCGGCUGGAAGCUGAGGCUUUUGCUUCAGUGGCGGCUAUCAACUCGCUCCGCGGAUGGUGCGGCGCCAGCGCCCGAAGAAGCCCUGCUGCGGACGUAUGAAGGCGAGAGGAGGCCCGUCGCGCAGGAUCUCAUUGCCUUUGACAGGGGUUAUCUGAGACUGUUUGCUGCGCCGUCGGCCGAGUUUGAUUCGGAGAUGCUGCGCGCUAUGAAGUUCACCACGGGAUUGUCGAUUCGGUAUCCCAAGUCUUGUGUUGUGCAGCUGCCUAGGGGCGUGGACGAUCUUGGGCCCAGCCUGCUCAAGGCUGAUCUGGUUCCGGGCAAGCGCUUGCAGGACUUUCAGGUCGUCUAUCAGGCGGAUGGCAUUGCUGUGCGCAUCCAGAAAAGGAUGCAAGCCACCGGUGCCUUUCGGGUGAUUAUCUUCGCUGGGGACAUUGCCGGCGCGAAUCAGUUUGCCAGGGUGCAGAGCCUGGGGAAGUUCCUCGCGGACCGUGGCUCUGGCCUGGGGCGACUGACCACGCCAUCUGAGGGCGACGACUCGGCUGCGUGGAAGAAGGUCCCGGUGGAGGUGCUUGUCGUGCACUGUGCUGAUCGGGCGAGUGUGGAGUUGCUUGCAAUGCACGAGGUGUAUCGGCCAUGGAGCAGCGACCAGGGGUAUGACUACUGGCGAGUGUUUGCUGAUGCCGAGAGCGUGUUUGAGGGCCAUGGCAGAGUGUAUGAACGUUUGGAUUUGGACAGACAGAAAGGAUGCUGUGCUGUAAUCAGACCGGAUGGGUAUGUUGGUGCCGUGGUAGAUGUCGGCGAUUUUCAGGGGCUGAGGGGUUACUUCGAGGGAGUGGGGAUGUUGGAGGUUGGUGGUGCCUAAACGGGAGGGUCCUUUAACUAAUGAUCGUGGGGCCGAUGCUGCUUACGGUUCCAGUAUUUGUCCAAGGGUAUAUAAG